AUGGUGGGAAGCAUUGAAACGAUGGGGAGCCCCGAUAAUAAUAAUCAUCAUCAGCAGCAGCACCAGCAGAAUGGGUACUCAUCAGCUCACCACUCAACCAACGGAACCAAUUCCGGGCAGGAAGAGAAGCUCGACGAGCUCCGGCGUCUACUGGGCAAAGCCGACGGCGACCCGCUCCGAAUCGUCGGGGUCGGAGCCGGCGCCUGGGGGAGCGUAUUCGCCGCUCUUCUACAAGACAGUUACGGCCAGUUUCGGGACAAGAUCCAGAUCCGAAUAUGGCGUCGCGCGGGUCGGGCGGUGGACCGAUCUACCGCCGAGCACCUGUUCGAGGUGAUAAACUCCCGGGAAGAUGUGCUCCGGCGGCUGAUCCGGCGGUGCGCAUACCUCAAAUACGUCGAGGCCCGCCUCGGCGACCGGACCCUGUACGCCGACGAGAUCUUGAAAGAUGGGUUUUGUAUAAACAUGAUCGACACGCCGCUGUGCCCGAUGAAAGUGGUGACGAACUUGCAGGAGGCGGUUUGGGAUGCCGAUAUCGUGGUGAACGGCGUGCCGUCGACGGACACCAGGGAGGUUUUCGAAGAGAUUAGUGUUUAUUGGAAGGAGAGGAUUAGUAUGCCGAUUAUCAUCUCGCUGGCGAAAGGGAUUGAGGCAGCGCUUUCCCCUGUUCCUCAUAUUAUUACUCCUACCCAGAUGAUCAAACUCGCAACUGGAGUGCCGAUGGAGAACAUACUCUACCUCGGUGGACCGAACAUCGCGUCGGAGAUCUACAACAAGGAGUACGCCAAUGCUCGAAUCUGCGGAGCCGAGAAGUGGAGGAAACCCAUUGCCAACUUCCUGCGGCAACCUCAUUUCAUCGUGUGGGAUAACAGUGACCUCAUUACCCACGAAGUCAUGGGUGGACUGAAGAACGUCUACGCCAUUGGAGCAGGAAUGGUGGCAGCACUGACUAACGAGAGUGCUACGAGCAAGUCGGUGUACUUUGCACAUUGUACGUCGGAGAUGAUAUUCAUCACUCAUUUGCUUGCUGAGGAGCCGGAGAAGCUUGCAGGGCCAUUGCUGGCGGAUACGUACGUGACAUUGCUGAAAGGUAGGAAUGCCUGGUACGGACAGAUGUUGGCGAAAGGCGAGCUCAGCCGUGACAUGGGUGACAGCAUCAAAGGGAAAGGCAUGAUCCAGGGUGUAUCUGCAGUCGGGGCAUUCUACGAGCUGCUGAGCCAGCAGAGCCUGAGCGUGUUGCACCCCGGUGUAAAGAAGCCCGUGGCACCCGUGGAGUUGUGUCCAAUCCUGAAAACGCUCUACACCAUCCUCAUCUCAAGGGAGAGGUCGUCUGAAGCCAUUCUGCAGGCACUGAGGGAUGAAACAUUGAACGAUCCAAGGGAGAGGAUUGAGAUUGCCCAAACUCAUGCUUUCUACAGGCCUUCUCUCCUUGGACAGUCUUAA